AUGAGAACGCUAUUUACUGGUGCGAAAACUUCAUCGAAAUCCACUCCAAAUUUCUCGACAACCAACUGCCUUUCGGCCAACCGGCUGCUGCUUGCUGAAAAGUUUUCGGUUCAACAUCAUCAGCACUCAAAGAACCAGCAGCAUACGAUUCCUCGAUGUAUCUGCGUGGUGCUACUCCUUUUGUCGACCGUUUCGACCGCCGUGCUAUUUCAUCCAAAGGAAAGCCACGAAACGAAUCGUUUCCUUCAGAAGCACUAUCGUAAGAUGAUCCAAUCUGUUCCUGGAUUGCACCAUCAGGCUCUUCGUCUGCAUCAGCGGAAUCCAAAUCACUCCCAUAAUCGACCAGGCGUUCAUUAUCCGAUGGCAUUGCAAGAGGCACUUGAAAUACUCCUCCUGUCUCCAGAUCCCGAUUUGGAAAAACUCCUCCGGGUUUAA